AUGGCAAACGGGUUGACAGGACUCACACUGAAGAGAAUUCGUUCCUCCAGCACAGCGUCAACAAAAAAGGAAUCCAAAAUCAACAUCAUUUUGAACAAACUAGCCUCAUCGCUUUAUGGAGGUAAUGGCGACAAUAACAACAAGAAGAGAAGGCAAGAAAUAGAUGGCAAAUGCAUGCAAAGAAAGUCUUCCGCAAGCCAAAUUGUGGAUUGCUUUAGAAUAGCAGAUGAUAAGAACCAUCCUUUUGCAAACGAUGCUAUUUUCGAGCAGAAUCGUUAUAAACAACAAAAAAAGCUGAAUACUGAAAGCGUCCUUCAUCAGAGCAACAAUGUUGUAUUCGACGAUGAUAAUAUACCUAUGCGGAUGAGUGCGGCCACAGGGGGCGGUAUCCUCCUGAACAAAUCCUCUCAUCAUCGACACAAUCCCAGCACGACUUCCUUCAUGCUCAAAAGCAGCAACUACAAUAACGAAAUGAAUAAAAAGCCGUAUCAACAUCACCGUCAUACACACAGUACACCUCCCGCCAUUACAACUAAACCAGCAUUUAUAUCACAGCCGCUCCCAACAGCAACAUCAGCAGGAAUAAGUAAAAGCAGUAACAGCAGAAGAGCUGCUCACAGCAGUAAGCAUAUUCGUCAUUAUUCUCAUGUCUCGUGCAUUUCAUCAUCCAACAUAACGGUCAAUUCAGAAGAUUUGACCGCCAAAGAAUUUGCAGACAUAGCAGGAAUUCGAAUUUUAUCUGAAGACGAACUGCAAAGCAGCAGUACCAAUACUUAUUCCUCUUAUCAUGAUGCUAUAAAUAGCCAAUCCUUCUUAUCCAACAAUAACAACAAUAAUAACCUUUUUAUGAAUAAUAAGAAAAAGAUAUGCUCCGUUUGUGGCGGCAGCGGUGAUGAUAGCGAUAAUGCGUCGUCUUUUAUCAUACCUUCAACAAGCAAAGUUAGUUCCAAUAUUACAAUGACAAGUCAGCAUCAUCAACAACACCUUACUAGCAGCAACAGUAGUGACUGCCAAUUUAAUAAUAGCUCUAUUCUGCUCUUUUCUAGUAAUGAUAACAGUACCUUGUAUGUCAAUGAUAGUAACAUGCUGAUAGACGAUGAAGAUGAAGGAAUGGAUGUGGAAGAACCACCACCACCUCAGAUUUGGGACGAUGAUUUCUGGCGUGUACCCAAUAGUAAACAGCAGCAACAAAGUGCUGCUACAACGACACUCCCUCACCAACGGAUCCCCAUACUCAACCCUACUUCUUCUACUAAUAACUCGGUAUCAACAUCACAAAUUCCAAGAAUAGCCAUUUUAGCCAGUCAUAACGAUAUCAUAGAAUCCCCGCCCAUUCUACAUGAAUUAAAGAAAUAUGCAAAAUCAAAUAACUUUUCGUCAGAUCAAAACAGCUGUACAUAUAUUAAACGAGGUCGAUUUGAGAUCCAUUUAUCUGAUGAAAAUUACAGUAAAAGCGACAUCCAACAACUUAGUACCAACACUGCUACUGCUUUAAAGAGGCCAGAAAUGGUAGUCGAAUGGAAAAGAAAAGUGCGUCCGGCACCCACUGUUUCAACAGUAAAGACAACAUCAUAG